AUGUCAGGAUCUGGUAUAAACAGCAGCGCAGACAAUCCUGGCCUGAGUGACACCACGUGCAAGAGUGCCCGGGCGGCAGCCUACAACCUGCCGACCCACAUUGCCUGCCGAGCCAACUGCUGUGGUUUCGAUAUUGUAGCAGUCAAACAGGCACAGGUCGACGAGCUACCUAAGUUGCGAGAUAACUAUGAUUGCUUCCGCGUACAGACCAACACGUGGGCCUGGAACGAGUAUGACACCGACCGAGUAGAGCGGCUCUACGGUGAGAUCAAGGUCGCCUGGGACUUCAUCAAGAAGAUGGAUGGGUCCCCCGACUUCUCACCCGUUGUUCAGAGAACUGCGCAGGUGACGUACAACAUGAUUUUUCUACGGAAGAACACGCCGAAGGAGAAGGCCGAUGCUUCUUCUUCCGCGCCUGCUAACGGUGCUGUUGCUUUGCCUGGUGCUCCCACGACCUCCAUUCCAGUGAUUGUCCCACCCCGCUCGGUUACGCCUUUGCCGCGGCUGAUAUUGGCUCCCAGGGGACGUGUGGCGGCGAGAACUGACGCGGGUAGAGCCGUCCCAGUCUCUCCCGGUCCAAGCACGGCCACUAGGGCGACACCCGUUAGCGACUCGACGACCGCGGAUGCAUUGGGUGCAUCGGAGACCCAAGCUCCUCCACCUGGUGCUCUUACCAGUGCUUCGGGAGCGAGCUCGACCGCUGCCAGUGGGCAUGCAACGGCGAUGGCUGGUCCGGGUGAUGCCGUACCAGUUAUUCCCGGUUUGACCUUACUCGCUAGUGCUGGUCAAGAGCCUGCUCCACGCCCAACCUUGGCUCCCAGAAAACGUGCCAUAAGAAAAGCUGGCAAGGGUAAAGCCGUCCCAGCUGCUGCCGGGCCGAGCACACCGGCUGGUGACAGUCAUGCGGGUUUUGCACCGGGUUUAGAGAAACCAGUUGGUGGUCCCGAGCUCAAGGUUGCAACUCGUGCGUUGAAGCCCCAAGCUCCUUCUGUACCUGCUUCCUGCUCGGUUUCGAGCACCACCCUAGUUGCUUCCGGCCCCACCUUGGCGCAGGCUGGCCAUGCGACUGCUGCUUCUGGCCCGGCUCCGGCCGCUCCAGUCGCUUCCGGUUCGACCGUGGCCGCUGUGUCGGGUGAGGCAACGGCUGCUCCUGUGGGUCAAGCCCCGGCGCCUUCUCUGCUGGGUCCUCCAGCCAAGGAACCAGGUACUGAAUAUAUUCAGUACCUCAAGUCUUUGGUCGCUUCUGCCAAUACGGCGAAGAAUCAAAGAAAUCUCGAUGACUUCGAGACUAUCUUUGCGGAACUGUUGGAGAUCAGGAAGGUGCACCUGCCCAUGCGAAAGGACCUGCCGGAGGAAGUUCACGUGUGUGCAAGAGCCGCCCAGAAUGCGCUCCGCAGCUUGGGUGCUCGUGGAACGAAGGUGGCCAGCCCCGCUAGAAAUAGCGUCGUGGGUUCGGCACCUGGCGUUCCCACCGCCCAAACUGCUGCUAAGUCCACGUCCGCGUCCGCGACUAUGAUUGCGGCAAAGGCCCAGCCUACGGCUGCGCCUGCGUCUAAAUCUAUGUCCACGGCAACGGCUGCGAUUCAGCAGCAGAACCAGCGGAGCGCUUUAAGUGCACCCUCCGCUGCACACACGCCGGCAGCCCCUCCUACGUCCCGCACCAAUCCUUCGGCAAAUCCCGUGGGAACUGCAGAGAUGCAGUAUCUCCGGGAUUUAGCCACUGAAGCCAGGAGACUGGCUAAUGAUGAUGGGUAUAAUGGGCUCAAGAGGAUCGAGGAUAUCCUUCAGAUGUUGAAAAACAUCAAGGAGGUGGAUUUGCCGCGCCGUCCGGAUCUUCCCAUGGGGGUUAUUCGGGCGGUGGAUACCAUUCUUGGGGUGGUAUCCAGGUGCAGGAGAUGGAGUGGGAGCCGGACACCCCCAUGUCCCCGUGUCAACCCUUGUGGUCAGACACCAGCACUGUCAGUCGCGGUAGCUCUGCCGGUUGCUGGCCCCAUGGCAGCACCGGCACUGCCGAAGACAGCAGCUCUCCUGGUCGCUCGCCCCAUUGUGGCAGCACCAGCUCCUCAGCGGCUCUUGCUCGCGCAGGAACCUGCUUCGUUCGCUCGCCCCGUUGUGGCAGCGCCGGCUCCAACCCCGCAGCUGUUGUUCCGACAACAGCCUGUACUUCCUCCAGUUGGACCAUCGCGUUCAUUGGUUCCGAUUGCUACGAGGAUUGGAAGACGGCCGAACGCUGUCGUACCUCUUCGGAGGCAUGACUACGUUGCUGCCCGGCAGCCACCUCUUCAUCCCCGCCUGAACCAGACACCCGGCAGUGAUGGCGGCAGUGCUCUGGAUGCGUCCGCGGUUACGCGGACGCAGAAGGUUAGUGUAGUGCGAGGGGGGCCGCGGCAGUGGGAACUGGAGGCACCUGCUCCAGCACCCCCGGUCGUGUUCCCAACAGCCAUGCGGGCCUGGCGUGAGCCUAGCCCCGUGGUCCCGGUGGUGAACGAGAGGAAGAGGGAGGAGGAGUGGAGAGCAACGCUGUACGAUGCAGUGUUCGGGCUGGGGGUGUCGAUGGUUCUAGCGACGGGCUACAUUCGCAAUUUUGAGAUCACGACCCAGGAGCGACAGCCUCGAGAUCUCUUCUAUUGCAGCAAUUUCAGAAUUUCCCCGCCAUGCUCGUCCUACUCGUCCUACUACUGUGACUCGUACUACUCGGCCUACUUGUCCUUCUCUUCCUUCUCGCCUUGCCGACCUGCUAUGGAAGGAGUCUCCUCGCCCUCCCCCCCCUACUCGUCUUACUCGUCCUACUCAUCUGGCUGCGGGAAAAGCCCCCGGGCCCCUUACUGA